UCUCCCCACCUCUUCUCUUCUCUUCUAUAUCAACUCUUCUCUGUACUCUCUUCUAACUCAUAUCCUAUCUCGUACUCGCACUCACCGGGUAUCUGAAUCUCACAGCGGGUCUGAAUCAUCAUGCGUUCUACCGCUCUGGUGGCACUUUUGCCACUUCUCGCCACCUUAUCUACCGCUUCUCCCCAUCACAAACAUCACCAUCAUUCGUCUGGCAAGCAACGCAAGACGCUCUCAUUCGGACCCACUCACAAGCACGCCACUUUUGAGGUAGCUCCUGAACCAUUUGUCGUGUCUGCCGACUUUGGGGGAGAAAUCGAUGCGACAGAAGUGGCCAAGCGUUGGAUAGCCGAUAAGGUCGGGGGACAAGAUGGUGUUUCGUUCUACCUUCGAUCCGACAGCUACACCGACCCUCGCACUCUAGUCACCCACAUCUAUGCCAAACAGCUCGUCAACGGUCUUGAGGUCUCUGAUGGAGACAUCAACGUCAACGUGGACCGGGAUGGCCGAGUGCUUUCUUGGGGUUCCAGCUUUCUCCCUUCCGCUCACAAUGCCGAAGUAUCCUUUGGUGGCGUAUCCGGCGAGACUGCUCGAACUUGCUCGAUGUUGAAAGAGAACCUCGAAGCCCAGAAGGAUGAACUUCACAAGUUCAAGGGCGAAGAGAAGGGUCCUUGGGGUAUUGUCAAGUCAGCCGUCCAGGUGAUGCUUGGAGGUCAAACCAGUGAAGUCAAGCACAUCGAUGAACAUGCUCGGAAGCAAAUCAAGAAGAACAUGCGUCACAUCAAGAACCAUCUUCGAGCCUUGUGUCACGACGACGAGGAGAUUGCCAUUCAGACCAUAUCGGAAGGCUUCAUGUCGCCUAUCGACGCCUUGGUAACUCUCAUCCCUCGUUUGUCGACUCACAAAGAGAAAAACGAAGACAACUUUGCCGAUCUCUCAGCUGGAGAUUUUGAGUCUCAUCCCAUUCACUCGCUCACUCCCAAACCCGCCCCGACUGAACCUCCCACUGAAAUCAUCACGGGCAAAGGUCUGGCGGCUGCUGGUAUCGUCGACCAUGUGCCCGCCCGUCUCAUGUACACUCAAACCUCGGAUGGACAGCCACGACUUGUUUGGAAGCUCGAAGUUCAGAAGAGGGACAAUUGGUACGAGGCUUACGUCGACGUUGCUUCCGGCGAGCUGUUGAGGAUUGUCGAUUGGGCCAGUGACUUGUCCUGGGAUUGGGACGAGCUCAAGGGUAAAGGCGAUAAACAGAAGCCUCUUCCUCCCGUGGAGAAGGCCGAGCCCUAUACUUAUGCAGUCUUUCCAUGGGGCAUCAAUGAUCCCAUGACUGGUAACUUGACCGUUGUAUCUGAACCAUGGGACAAGGUGGCUUCUCCUCUCGGAUGGCAUCAAUACCCAACUUCAUCCAACCCCUGGUCCUCCCACAUUCGCGGACAGAACGUAACCGGCAAUAUGACCACCUUCUACACUACCGUCGGUAACAAUGUCAUAGCUCAUGAAGACUGGGAAGGUCAAAACAACUUCUUGCUCAAUUACCGUCCCGUCAACGAAUCUCUCUCAUUCGUCUAUGACUAUGGUGAACCCGAUGGUCUUGCUCCCAAGGAGUACAUUGACAUGGUCGUCACUCAAUUGUUUUACACCAGUAACAUGUACCAUGAUCUUCUCUACCGACUAGGCUUCGACGAGAUCUCCGGUAAUUUCCAGGCGUACAAUUUUGGUCUCGGUGGAAGAGGUGGUGAUCCCGUCAUCGCAAAUGCUCAAGAUGGUAGUGGAUACAACAAUGCCAACUUUAUGACACCUCCGGAUGGUACUCCUCCCAGAAUGAGGAUGUAUGUUUGGGAUACCGCAUCGCCUUACCGUGACGGAGAUCUUGAGGCUGGUAUUGUCAUUCAUGAAUAUUCUCACGGAUUGUCUACUAGACUAACUGGAGGUCCUGCCAACUCUGGUUGUUUGGGUUAUGGUGAAGCUGGUGGAAUGGGUGAAGGAUGGGGUGAUGCCAUUGCGACUUUGAUUCGUCAAGUCAUUGAACAUGAUCAAUUCGAUAAUGGCACAGACACAUUCGCCAUGGGUGCAUGGGCUGCCAAUCGCGAAUCUGGUAUCCGUAACUAUAUGUACGCCAGUAACGCCACUACCAACCCUUCGACAUACAAAACUCUCGAUUCUCCUGGUUAUUGGGGUGUUCACGCUAUCGGUGAAGUAUGGGCGGAAUUCCUUUUUGUCAUGGCACAACAUCUCGUUGAGAAAUACGGUUUCUCCAAGACUCUUUUCCCGCCAAACGACCCAACUACCCCAAACGACUAUUACGUCUCUCCUCAGACGUAUGAUAUUCAAGGACGUCCUCUACCUCUCAUCCCCAAACAUGGCAACACAUUAGCCCUUCAGUUAAUUAUAGACGCUAUGAAAAUCCAACCUUGUCGUCCUUCGUUCUUCCACGCUAGAGACGCCAUCAUUCAGGCUGAUCAAAUCAGGACAGGUGGUCAGAAUAGAUGUCUGAUUUGGAAAGCUUUUGCUGAACGUGGUUUGGGACAAGAUGCUUCUGUCAUUGGUCAAACUCCUUGGGGUGGUGGUGUUAGACAAGAUGGACAUAAGGUUCCUCAUAAAAUUUGCAAGAAGGAAUAGAUUGUAUUUUCUAUCUUUUCAUUUGUCAUCUACUCGUCAUUCAUUUCCCAUCUUUUCUUCUUUCGUUCUCGCUGUGAAUAACUAUGUGUCAUUUUCAUACUAUGUGCUACAUGCCACGUGCUACAUGUUAGAUCAGAGAUAAGGGAUACUGAUAGAGAGAGAGAGAGUAGAUUCUAUCGUGUGGGAUUGUAAGUGUGAAGUUGUACGGAUGAUUGAUUGUGCGAUUUCAUUGUUUGGAUAUUUGUACAUUACAUGCUCGAUGCAUUGUAUGCCAUGAUUGUUG